AUGACAAGAAGCACUGUCGCUCUAGAUGACGUGACCGUCAACAACUUGGGUACCUUCAAAAUCAUUAACGAGGUGUGUCUUCCUACCACAUAUCCAGACUCCUGGUACGAGAACUCAGUGAAACUGCCCUCAGAGGUCUCUCAGUUGGCAUUCUACUCUGAAUUGCCUGUGGGAGCGAUCCAGGGAAAGCUCAUCAACCUAUCGCAUAAAAUUCCUUCGUUUGAGGUUGCCACAUCUAUUCUGAUGAACACAAAGCUGAAGAUAGUCCAUGACGCUUUGUACAUUGAGUCUUUGGCCGUUUUACCAGCCUACAGAGGUAAGGGCGUUGGAAGUAAACUCUUGGAAUGGAUCAUCGAGCAGACCAAGGAACGCUUUGUUCAUGAAAUAGCCCUUCAUGUGCACGUUGACAACAAGGAGGCCAUCGAAUGGUAUAAGAAAAAGGGCUUUCAACAACAAGAGGAGGUAGUCAAGGACUACUAUAAGCAGCAGGAGCUUCCGAACCCUGACGCCUACAUUUUUAAAAUGACUGUAUGA